CAGUGACUUAGUGUAUAUACCUUACAAGAGUCAUUUACUUUCAAUUAAUCUCUAACAAUAGUGAAACAUAUUGAUUUCUUCACUUCUAACACGAUUGCAAACCAUGUAAUGCUAUAUUUAUUAAAGAAAAUUGAAUUUAUCUAUGAUAGAUCUUUAAAGUCACUCAAUACAGCGUAACAGAACCGGCGACAAAUAUUUCUAUCCAUAGUUAUAAACAAUAACUUCCGCAUAAACAAGUUAUACGUAGUGGCUGACUACUCGUUUUUAUGAAAUAAAGUAAGAACCAUAAAAAUGCUACUGCUGCUGCUGUCUGUUAGCCUUAGAAUGUAUAAAACCAACAUACGUAACCUGCCGAUGCUUUUUUACUUCCAAGGGGUCAUUGCUAAUUUUUUUUACAAUGAACAAUGACAAUACUGUGUCCAAGACAUGUCAUCAAAUCUAAGGGUAAUGAAUGUAGAGAAACAAAUAUUCGGUGUUUGAAGAUUAAACUAAAAGUAUUUGAAAGUAAAAUGUAAUAAGUAGUUAUUUUUCUAAUUAGGCCUGUUCGCUUGAGUAGAAGAUAGGCUUCUAUCGGUUUCCGCCUAAAAGAUGCUCGAACCACCUUCCGACCGGCUCUUCUAAUCAAAACUGGCGCGGAAUUUCGUCUUGUUCAGGCAGGGCAGCCUAACUAGCUAUUGCAGUUGAUAUUUUCAAAUCCUCGGGAAAGACGACGUUUCAUUCCAGUCAGUAGCAAAAAAUUCUAUUAAAAAACGCUGGUCAUAUAAUAAGGUAAAAUAGAAUAACGUAGUGAUUGAAUCAGAAAUGUGGCUGAGCAAGUGAGUAGGUACCCGUUAACUUGGCAGUACUGGAUCACCACACGAUGGAUCCGCUCGUUGUGUAAUAGGAUGAACUCUUCGGCCCUAGUUAGAAGUGAGACCGGGAGAUGCGGUCACUUUUGGUGUGAAACGAGGCCAUCUACGGAAUGAAAUGGGUUUUUUCUAACACAGACCUAAUCGGCAUAGGGGAUUCAGGCGAGAUAAUGCAGUCUGCUGUAGUACUCGGAGGUGGCAUCUCCGGCUUAGCAGCUACAUACUACCUCACACGAAUUCCUGAUAUUCAAAGGAUCAUCCUUGUAGACAAAAAAGCACGUCUUGGCGGUUGGAUACAAAGUACACGGUACCCAUGUGGCACUGUCGACGAGCACGGGCCUCACAGUAUUCGUGUGGAUGGAGUUCAAGGUGCGAAUACACUCAAUUUGAUUGAGGAACUUAAACUCGGUGACGAAAUCCUUCCGGUGUCUCCAACAGCCCUCCGAGGCCGAAUGAUCUACCAUGAAGGCAAACUUCUCUGGUUACCUAAAGGUCUCGGAGACAUAUUUCGAAUUCGCAAACCCUUCUCGAAGCCCCUUGUAUUUCCUAUACUAAAAGAGCUAGUAAAGCCCAAAUCAGAUAUUGAAGACGAAAGUCUCUACAGCUUUGUUCAGCGGAGAUUUAACGAUGAGAUGGCAAAAUACAUUAUUGAUCCAAUGUGUCGAGGUAUCUGUGCCGGUGAUGCUAAGGAAAUUAGUGUGCGUUCUUUGCUGCCUGCAAUGUACAACGCCGAAAAAAAACACGGUUCUGUGAUUAAAGGGAUGUUAAAAAAUUCAAAUAUGGGCGCUGUGAGUGGGCUCGCUCAGAAGGCACACAAGGAGCAUUGGGGUGCGUUUUCCUUUAGACAGGGGCUACAGACGCUUGUCGAUCGACUUGUGGAAGUUGUGGCAGAAGACCGGAGGGUGACAAUCUACGAGAAUGAAGACAAUGUUCAUUUGUCCGAAGAGGACGGAAGAUUCACUGUUGAGUAUGCGGAGGGACGAACGCAAGCACACCAUUUAUUUUCAUGCAUUCCGGCCAAAGCCCUGUCACGUUUGAUGUCGCGUGUUGAGCCCCGAAUGUCUUCCGCUCUUCUAGAAAUCCCCCUUGUACAUUUGGUAUCCUGUACAUUAGAAUUCAAGGGAUCAUUGCUACCUCACCAGGCGUUCGGUUAUCUCGUGCCUUCGUCAGAAGGGUCUCGGGUCUUGGGAAUGAUUUUUGAUACGGCGUGUUUCCCUCGGCAUGACGGCCAAUACUACAAAAAAACUCGGGUCACGUGCCUCAUGGGGGGUCGGUGGUUUGCGACAAAUUUUGGAGACGUCAAAUCGGUACAAGCGACAACGUUCACGGAGACAGCUACCGAUGCGUGUCGUGAGCACCUUGGCCUAACCCAGAAACCUAUCAGGCACCUCACCAAUAUAUUACCGAACUGUAUUCCUCAAUACCAGGUCGGCCACUACGCCACUGUUAUGAAACUGAAAAACCUAAUCGCAGAAAAUAAUUUUCAAAUGAGCCUUUUAGGUUCAUCUUACGAAGGCUUGUCUGUUAAUGACUGCAUCUACAACGCCAAACUAACUGUUGAGAAAUACGCCAAAUCGCAAGGAAUCAUUUAAAAAAAAAUUGAGUUGGCCAUAAUUUUUACCAGAAGCUACUCUAUAAACAGGUACAUUUUUAUUUUUUACUCGCAAAAUAAAAUGAACGGAUUAUAA